AUGCAGGAUGGGACCUGGCAGCACUGUCCUCGGACAGCUAACAAUGCGGCCGACCUGAUGGCAAGGUCGGAGACUAGGUGGAAUGAACGCUGUGUAUGGGUGGAUCGACCCCCGAAUUUCUUGGUUGAUCAGCUUAAACUGGAUGAUGUAACCAUCUUAACUGAUUAA